UAUUUUUGUGGGAAACAAAUUUAUUUCAUUUUUGUAACUAAAGAAAUAUUGCAUGUUUAAUUAGUAGUUCAAAUAUAUAUAUACAUAUGUGAUUUAAUUGCAAAGGAAAUCAUUUUGUAAUCUUUUAUAAAAUUAGUUUAAUCCUUAAAUAAUUUAAACAACAGAACAAAUGUUAUUAUCAAUCUUGAUCAAUUUAAUGUGUUUAUUACACUUUAUAAAAAGUACAUAUUUAUAAUAAUUUAAUAAUUAAUAUGAUACAAUGAUGUAGAGUCUAUUACAUAAUGUUUUUAAUACAAUUGUAUAGCUUCUUAAAACGAAAAAUAUGACUUAUUUAUGUAAUUGAUUUAUAAACACAAUAGAAUAAUAUUAUUAAUAAUACAGAUUAUAUAUUCGUUCCUUCCUUUUGAUAUAAUAAGUUUUAUGUUAUACAGUUAUAAAGACAAAAAAAAAUACACUUUAGUAAUUACUAAUAUAAAUAAUAGCUGGCUAGUACCAUCAUUUGAUUGUGACACUACAAAUAACAAAUCUUUGAGGAAAGGGAAUUAUUCUCAAAGAUCUAAUGAUCAUAUAGAAAUUCUUCAUAAUAUUCCUUCAAAAAGAAAAAAUAUUUGUAACAUAUCAACAUUAUUAUCUAAUUGCGAACCAAAAACACAAACUGAAUUGGUUAUUAGCAGACAAAAGAAACAAGAAAUUUUAAACUGGUUGGAAAACAAAGCGAAUAGAAGAAAACCAACUGUAUUAGUUAUUUCUGGUCCAUCGGGUUGUGGAAAAACCAUUUCUAUCAAAUUAUUAGCUAAAGAAUAUGGUUUUGAAGUUACGGAAUGGAUUAAUUCAAUAGAUCAGUUAAUGGAUGAGAACAAUAGGAUAAUGACACAGAGCAAUAAAUUUGUGGACUUCAUGGUGAGAGCUACUCGAUAUAAUUCAGUAUUAACCAAUUGUUCUAAACGACUUUUAUUAGUUAAGGAUUUUCCUAACAUAUACUACGAAAAUAAAGAAAGUUUUCAUUCGAUGUUAGAAAGAUACUUUGAGUUAGGAAGAGAUCCUAUAGUAUUUAUCUGCACAGAUACAGAAGGAAAUUCUAAGUUAUUACACACUCUAUUCGUGCCGCAUAUAAGAGAAAAAUUUGAUAUCAAUUUCAUCAGUAUUAAUCCUGUUACACAAGUAGCUAUGAAAAAUAUGUUGAAAAGAGUAUCGCCAAUAUUAAAUUCUGAAGCUGCAAGUAUGUUACACAUAACUCAAGAACAUAUUGAUGAAAUUUUAUCUAACAGUAUUGGUGAUGCUCGCAAUGCUUUAUUGAAUAUCGUAUUUAUUUCACUUAAAGUAUCGAAAGAACUGGUGAAAAAUGAAUGCACUAAUCGUAGUGAGAGUUUAGGAUUAUUACAUGGAAUUGGUAGAGUUAUUAAUCCUAAAAGGAUACAAGAGGAAAAUUCAUGGAAAUUUGUUCAUAAUCCUGAUGAAAUAGCUGAAUAUUUUCAAUCACAAACAACUACAUUCCUAUAUUUUCUUCAUGAAAAUUAUAUGAAUACUAUUGGAUUGAUUGAGGAAUCAGAUAUAAGUGCUAACGUUUUAAGUUUGGGAGAUGUUCUGAAUUCAGAAUGGCGUGAUUUAAAUUUGAGUAAACUUAGUUUAUCUUUUUGCAUACGUGGUAUAAUGGUAGCUAAUGAAUCACCUGUAAGUGGAUGGAACCCAAUACGCAAACCACAGUUUGACAAAAAUCUUGCAGGAAAUUCUUUAAACAAUGUAGAAAAUGAAUGGUACAAGUCACUAAUUGAUAAAGAUAAAAACAAAAAUACAACGAUUACGUCUGAUGUUGAAAUGGAUGAAAUAAGUGAUUAAAAUAUUGUAUCAAAUACCUGAAAUUUGUGUGUGGGAAUACGUUUAAAUAUAAUAUUUUUUAUUUUUGUAUUUCUUGUAUAAUUU